AUGGACACAUCACAGUUUUUGCAUGGUCAAGCCGAUAGAAUGGAAUGUUGGGAUGAUGACCCUGACUUUGCCGAAAUUGAUCCAACCUUUACACAGCCUCCGCCUACAUCCUCUCCCAAAAAUAACAAGCGAACAAGUCUUGACCACCGCGAUCGUCGCGAAUCCAUAUCCUCCCGAAUGUCCAUGCAGUCCAACAGCUAUGACUUUGACUCCCCCGAAGGUGGGGACCACGAGAGACAGGUUCUCCUGGAUGAAUCACCAGCGGCCGCGAUCGCUUCCGCUAUCAAUGCAGGCAUACCGAUACCUGAGAAUGUCCCCUCGUCCGCACUAAUUGGAGGAACCAUCAAGAGGCUAGGGACAACGAAGAAGGCCAGGAAGAUUGCGACCCAUGAUGACUGGGGGGAAGACUUGGAACUGCCAAUUUCGGGCAUGUCACUGAAAGUUCGCGGUCAGGGGGGUCUCGAGUUUCCGGAUACACUGCAGCAGAUUUUGUCCGAGUCGAGGCCCUCGUCCAUGGCGAAUGUGAUAGUUCCACCGUCGGCUUCUGCGCAAUUGAAUAAGUAUCGCGAGGUGGAAGGAGACGAUGACUUUUUUGCUGAUACUGACGAUUUCCCGACUCCGAGGCUCUCGCCAGCUAGACGUACCCUUCAGCAGCAAAAGUCUAACGCCUCCCUCUUGCUUACGCCACCCUUGUCCGAAUCAGCCACCAGAGGAUCCCCCUCGGUAGACGACGAUUUUGAGAAUGAUUUCGAAUUUCCCGCGGAUGCUCCUCUGCAAUUGAACAUUAAGACGGGUGAGAGUAACAGGCAUCAGGUUCAGGUUCUGGAUAGUGAUUUCGAAGAUUGGGCGGAGGGUAGUAGUCUGGGAACGAGGUUUGGGGGAACAAGUAGAGUGAGGAAUUAUAGCGGGGAGGAGAGACUUGGCUCGUCCAUAAUCUCGCCAAGCGUCUCGAGUGUUACCGCCGAGAGCGAAGACGAAGCGCCAUUGGAUGGAUUAGAGUUGCCCUUGGGAAAUUUACCAGACCUUGCCGUAAUUCUCGAACGGCGAAAACGUGCAUCGUAUCCUAUGGAUGCUAGCACUAGUUUCGAAACGAGAGGAGACCUGACAUCCAAAGAAGAAUUUUUUGACGGCAUAGAAAUCGGAGAAGGAGAGGAAGUAUUUGACUCGAAAAAAUUAACGUUAAACCGGAACGUUAAGCACAAGCCCCCCACAAGGAAAACAAGCCCCGUCAGGAGAUCUGCAAUGAGCUUGACUUUCACAACAAACAAAUCAGCGACGACGAGCACACCCUCUGCCGGAAUAGGGUCAAGAAGUAAUAGACUGCUUCUCGGCCAUCCAACACUGGCACCGCCAAUUCCCAUAUUGGAGCCUGUGGCUGAGAGAGAAAACCAACCCGCAGUGGUUUCGAAACGACCGGAUAACCGUAACCGAUGGUCCAGCGGAACUUCAAUCAGUGAAUCGAAAUGGUCCGGAAAGGACGCAUUCGGAUUGAACAUCCCUCCUCCCCCACCUAUACCGCACUCCCGUACAUAUACGGAAAGACAGAGGGCUUUGGGGGGGAAACAGUCGUUGCGGACGUUGAAAGGGUCUAAUCGGGAAAAUGUUUCAAACACCAGUACGACAACCAAUGCCCAGUUGUUGAGGAUGAAGCGUUCAAUGCCUAACAUCGGUCGCGCUGCAGCAUCAACCCCAGCCAAACAACCAAGGCCCCCAAGUCGCAGUAGUGCGAGUAGGCCUCCGAGCAGUAACAGUCAGGGUAGACCUCCCAGCAGUGGAGGUACUGGCAGACCGCCGAGCAGCACUGGUCGACCCCCAUCGCGCAGCAGUGCAGGUAGACCGGCCAGUCGCAAUGAAUCCUCGAGAUCAAAGGCUUCCGGCGAUAGGAUGGAUAUCGGAGCUGGAAGAAAACCGUCGGUGCCCUUUUUGCCAGCCGGGAGUUCGGUGAAGCAGAGCCAGCAUAUUUCGGCGAAGCGUUCUCGGCAAACAUUCGACUACAAAGAGUCCAUUGCAGUUGAAAGACGUACAAAUAGUCGCCUACAGCAGCGAACACCACGCCACUCACCAUCCUCAUCCAUCGCAUCGGUGAAGACAAAAAGAGCAACACCCACAGUUGCCCCGGAACACCUAAGGAGGGAAGCGGCGACGAUCGAAACGUUGACCCAGCCGACAAGGAAAAGGAAUUUUGGUGAUGGUACGGAGCUGGAAAUUUUCGAUGAUUUGCCGACAAGUGCCAAGCUUGAGAAUCGGUUUGUAGUCACGCCCGCGGGCCGCGGGGCACCCAAAGCAAUAAAAUCUAAGAGCGUGCCUGUCCAUGGGGUUGCCGGAAGAGAUGGUGAAAGUCCCUCCAAGAAGAUCGACCUAACCAACCGCUUUGGGGAGGUUCCAAGGUUCGCUAGGGAUACUAAUGGUUUGCUUCCCUCGUGCCCCACUCAUUUUCCCGAACCUCAAUUACCAUUACUAAUUUACGUAUGAUAAAAAUAGCAUCCAGGAAUGCACGCGAGCAGAGAGCUGGGCAUCCACCGUCCGGGGGUGGGGCCAAUCCAAGUAUUAGCCAUUGGAAAGCACAAGUUGCCGCUCGCGGCACUGCAAGCCCAAAAAGCCGCCGGAAGCCACAGCAGAAACCACACCUUAUCAAGCCAAUGGGCAAUGUCAACAGUCUCCCUAAAGGUACGUGCGUUCGCAGUGUAGCCUGCAACUGAUAGGACAAGCGAAUUGUUGCAUGGUGUUGAUCCUUUGCUGUUCCUUUUUUUUUUUUUCCUCUUUUUUUUCACUCGUACAAAUAAUGUGACGCUUGCAAAACGGACUGCUAUUGCAUACCACCGGAACUCUGAGGCUCUGGCCAAUUUUUGGCUGUAUGCAAUAGCAGUCCGUUUUGCAAGCGUCGCGAUAUUACGAGUACCCAUGUCGAUCCCUGUUUCUCGCUUACCUUCCUGUUUCUGUACCCCUGUCGAUCUGUAACGCGAGUUUUCCCGCGCGUUGAUGUUCCAUGGGUUCUGGUAGGCUAACGCGAAGUCACGUUAUCGCCACGCAGUGACCGCAGUUAACGGGAUGACAUAUAACCCCAAGACAUACAGGUGGGAAGGGAACGAGGGUGACGUAAAAGGCUUCGAAACACAAAAUCCCACACCGCCCCGCCCUGCCUUGAUCGCCAACGUCAAUCAGAAUGGCUCAAAGCUGGGAAUCCAAGUUGUUCGUGGUAUGGUUUUCGAUCCCUCAAGGAUGUGCUGGCUCAAGGUCGAUGAGGACCCCGAUGAAGAGGAGCAUGACCCAUUCGAGGGAUUGGAUGACCUCCAGGAUCACGACAUGAUCAGCAUCGAUCGAUAUAGUGGGGGUAUGGAUGAGGGAUUUGGAGGGGGAAAUUUCUUUGGGGGAAGUGGGAGUGGUGCUGGUGUUGGUGGGCCUCGCGGGACAAGGCUGAGCGGAGGAUUCGGGGAGUUUGUCGUGGGGGAGGAGUUCGAUGUGGGACCCGAGUUUGUCAGGCGCCAGCGUGAGGAGGAAGAGCGGUGGCGGAGGAGAGUUGAAGGCUGGAUUUCCCCGGGCGAGGCGAGCAAAUUAGGCAACAGAUGGGCCCUGAGGGAGUUGCUGACGGAUCAGAGGUGAAAGAGUGAAGAAAAAAAGGGUCAUCGGAAAGGGAACCGCUUGGUUGAAUUUUCUGAGUGGGAAACAACCCCCCUUUCCUUGGAGGCGAAGGCAAUUAGCUAAUUGCCCCCCCUUGUGUUCCGGUAAUACCCAUUCCCCCCCGCAUUUUUCCCUUUGCCUAUCUCAUUGGGUUCAUGUCUUUUGGUCCUUUUUGUUUCUCGAUUCUUGUACAACAAUAGUCCAAGCUGAUGUUUUAUCACUUGGCUCCUACCUAACCCCUCCAUAAAGUUUGUAUUCUACUUGUACUGUACUUUAUUUCUCAUCUAUAACCGUAUGGAUGGGUGGGUGGGAUCGCUAGUCACGGGAUGGCGUGGUAUAUAUUGUUCUUUUUCCUUUUUCCUUUUUUCUUUUUUGCUGGGCGGAACGGACGGAUUUUACUUGUUAUACCCCUCACGAUUUAUGCCUCCCCUUUUUUAAUAAUUACUUUGGUCCACCCGUUUUCCACCCAUUUGGUUCGGAUUGUCCUCUUUUUUUUUGGCAGCACUGCACUAGCAUUGUUGAGGGUAUUGGCACUCAUGCAGGUCGCAGCCUUUCAGUUACUUUUUGUGUAAUCCUUUUGAAAAAUUUUAGACCAAAAAAAAAAAAGGGCAGUCAGCUAUCCUGAGGCGGGUAUGCGUCAGACAGGAAGGCGAAAAGUUGGCCAGGAUUAAUUGGGAGAGGAGCAGGAGGCGGUGGGGGGAGGGUGUUCGAAGAGGCCGAUUUCAAGCAUAUACUUAGAUUUGCGUGAACUUUUUUUUUUCAUUUUUGUGUGCGGCAAAACGUUAUUUGGGGAUGAAUGAUGGGGGGGAAAAAGGAAAGAUGUUCACUUGCUUGCGUGUUGGCUCGGUAUUCUGCCAGCGUUGAGGCAUCUGAACACAAUAGCAGGUAAGCAGAGCAUCGUACGGCGCUGUAUGUAGAACGAAAAACACUGUGCAUGGGAUGGGGGUACCGUUGAAGGUUUCCACCCACCUUGUAUCCAAUCGGAAGGGGGGUAUGUACAGCAUUAUACUCGAGUACUGUAUGUUCACUAAACUCCUGUCUGCGCAUUCGGGUUUUCCCCGCGGUCUUUUUUUCUUUUUCUUUCAUUCUUUCAUUGCUUCUCGCCUUGGUUGGAUCUUGGUAUAUUCGGAGUUGAGAGUAAAUCUCCCUUGUAAAGCAUACCAACAUUCCAAGGUUCCCUAAGUCUACCUAAAAAAACAGAAUAAGGGUGAGAGGAAGGGCGCAAAGUACCGUAACCGGUAACUUAGUCUAGUUGUGCAUAUCUGCAGUCAAUCCCCCGACAGGAACACACACCAUUUCCAACCACCGCCAAGCCACGCACUCUAUGGUGGGGCGCAAGUUUCCGUGCCGAGCUGUCGAUUACCGGUAGACCAUAACUUGAGUUAAUAAUAAUAAUAAUACAAGUAAUGCGCCUACCGAUCUAUGAUAUGAUACUCGAGUACCGUACCGUAUUGACACCGACACCCCCCCUCCUCUCAACCCACAUGAUCCAUCCAUCUACGAGCACAGUACGGUAACUCACACCUAUAAUUAACACUCGUAACAACAACUGAACCGGUACUUGUACCACAAACCCCACCAAACCCCGUACAAGUAUAAUAAUAAAGAAGAAAGAGGGGGUGGGGGGGGAAACCAAACCAAAUACCAUAAUCAAAUAAGUUUAAAAAAGCACGAUAUCCGGAUCCCCGGAUUCUCGGAUUCUCACACUCACACACACCGCCGAUCUUCUGAAAAGGCGGUAUCACCAUUGUAACUGUACACGCGGAUGUGCAUCCCGAAAGCACAGUAAGUAAGGGUCGUUUGCGCUGUUCUUUUUACACCUGGUCAAUAUAAACAACGUAUCCAUUUUUAAAAAAGAAAGAAAGAAAGAAAGAAAUGUGUGAUGUGAUUAGGUGAUGUUGGGUCGCGUACAGUAGUCUACCUGACCUGGUACUGGAAGGAAGGAUGGAAGGGAAGGAAAGAAAGAAGUAAAGAAGGAAAAAGCGUAAGGUCUAGAACUUUUUUUCUUCUUUUUUCUUCUUUUCUUUUUUGUUUCUGUUUUGUUUUUGUUUUUUGGGGGGUGGGUGGAAUGGAAUGGGAUGGGAUGGGAUGAUGGGAUGGGAUUUACCACAUG